AUGGCGCGCCGCCUCACGGACGCCUUCUUGCGGCGCGUGCAAGGGUGUGGACGAUACAUGUAUGAGUUACUUCGCGUGCCUCAGUCCUCCGCCGCGGGACGGCAUCGCGCACGGCUUGGAACCUUGCUGGUCACCAUCAUCGUGAUUCCCCUGCAGAACCUGUUUCAGAUCGGUGUCCACUUUUCGCCUUCCUUGGUCAUCCUCCAAGCCAUCCUUCUACCGGCAGCCCUCGUCAUCUCUUGGCGGCUCCGGCACCGACUCGAUGACGACUUCCCGCAUUUUUGGGAUGAUGCCCGGGCGAGCAACCUGCUUCAGAUGGCGAUCUUCUACGGCAUUGUCGUCUUCCAUCUCAUCCCUUUACUGAUCUGGGGUUCUGGGCAAGAUGUUGCGGAGAGUUUGACCCUCAAUGUUGCCGGAUAUUUUGGUAUUUAUUUCAUUGUGUUGGACAACCAUACUCUCCCGACCGUGCUGAUCUCGCUCUAUGCAGUGGCUGCUUGCAUAAAGGCUGCUGUGACACAAGCGUCGUUUACAAAAGGUAUGAUGCAGCAGAGUUUUCAGACCUUCGUGUAUUCUUUCUUUACAAGAUAUUUCUUGUUGCGUCUCGACCGGCAUUCGCUCCUGAUGAAGAUCUUGGAGGACACUCGGUGGCGAAGGGAAAGCUCCUCCCAGCCACGAUUUGAGGCGCUCAUCGACCUAGUCCGGCACCGCGAAGGCCACAAAAGCCUGGCGAAGGUCCUAAGUGUGUACAGACUCCGGCAGGAUCGAAAGGAGGGGCUGGUGGCACAGUUCAUUUGGAUGUAUCAUGCCAUGACAACCUGGAACCUGCCUCAGAAUGUCUGUCAGCAGAUCUUCGGCUUCCUCGACCCCUCCGAACCCACCAUCCCGGGUCCCACACCCUCGACGGCUUCAGGUGCGGCAGUUUCAAGUCUCGAUGCCACAGCAGCCCAGUCCCUGCAGUCGACCCUGACAUCCGUGUCAUUCCUUCGGCGCCGCCUGGUGGGCUCGUUGCUCGGUGGGGAUUGCGGGUUGCGCGAGAUGCGCAAGCAGGGCAAGCACGUCAAUGAGGGCUGCGACAAGGAAAGCCUGCGCGAGCUGAUGCGGUGGGACAAGGUGACCCGGCGAGAGGGCAGCGGGGACAACGAGCCAUGCAAGGUCACCCCCGACUGCCCGUGCAACGAGGAAGUCAACUGCGGCGAGGUCUUGCAGAUCAUGCCGAAUGCGGUUCAGCUUUGCCUGCGGGAGUUUGGGCCGGAGGGCGACCGGGAGCUCUUCGAGGAGCUGUCUGGGUCGGCAUCGGCUGUGGAGGAAGGCUCCGUGUGGAAAGCGGGAGGGAAGCUGAUCUUCAGCGCUUUCGACCGCAACCAGUCCGUGCAAGCAUUGACCCGGAUGCUGAACAAUGCGGGCAGGAGCCGCUGCGUGCGGAUGCUGAUGCAGAUGGUCAAGUAUAGCGAAGCGGAGUACGGCGGGUACGUCACCGCCAUACAAAUCAACUUCCACCUCUCAGGCGAGUCUUUCCAUGCCCAACAUCGCGACAUCUACAGCGCCAAGCAACGCGCAGGCCCCAGCUGCACAUGCACCUUUAAGAAGUGUGUCGGCACCGUCUGCUACACCGUGGGCUCCAGCCGCCAAUGCCUGCUGGAGACAAUGACGGACACAUUCUCAUCUGUGAAACCCUGCGGUGCCGACUGCACGGGGCGUCGUGAGCGGAGGUGGCUUCACAGUGGGGAUGCGAUGUAUUUCAACGAGGCGUGGAACGCCGGGAGCCCAUCCCUAUAA